CUUUUCCUUCCCUUUCCCCACAAAUGACAGACAACGAGGAGAGCGUCGUCGAUCUGCGAUCACUUAAUUUCGUCGAGACAAUUAACUCCAACUUAAUAUGUUGCAUAUGCCAGUCUCCAUUUGUUGAGCCAGUAGUACUACCAUGCGGGCAUACAUUUUGCGCAACAUGUAUCCAUCAAGCUUGUGACGCAUCGUCCGUCUGUCCCAUUGACAGGUCUUCAAUAUCCAUUUCCGACAUUCGACCCGCUGUAAAGAUUGUUUGUAAUAUGGUGAAUGAACUCAGUGUACAGUGUCCACGGUUUGAAGAAGGCUGUGACCAUGUUGGCCAACGACAAUAUAUAGAGAACCAUGCUAAAAACGACUGCUUAUAUGCGUUUGCAUCGUGCGACCUCGAAGAAUGCAAAACGCUUGUGUUGAAGAAAGACCUGAGCUCGCAUGUUUCCACGUGCAAAUAUCGGCCAGCGGAAUGCAAAAUGUGCAAAAAGAGGAUGCGAGCAUUAGAACUGGAGGAUCACCACCGAUUAUGCCCAGCAGAGAUUAUCCAGUGCCCGCACUGUGAAACGUCGCGUUCUCGGUCUGAGCACACUGCACAUUUAUUGACUUGUCCUAAACACCCAGUAUCGUGCAAACAUGCAGAAUUCGGCUGUCCAUGGAAGGGCGAACGUGAAAAGCUAGAGUCGGAGCACAUUGAGAACUGCCCUUAUGAAGGGAUCAAACACUACCUCGGACAACAAAAGGAAAACGAUCAGGCAUUGCGAGACGAGAUCCAAGCCGUUCGGAAAGAAAACAAAUUGCUCAAGCAACAGCAGAACCAUCUUGCACAACAGUUCCAAACCUUAUCCGACCAGUUAGCCUUGCUUUUCCCAUCACAAUUCGCUGCUGAUCCGAACUGUCCAGAAGAAGCUCAGGUCGGGCUUGCGCCAGCCGAAUCGAUCUUGACCGAAACGCAACGGCUCAAGAAUGAUAUCGAAACAGUUUCGUCGAAUUUGGCGUCGUUGGAACUCAAGCAGAAUGUUGCGCUUAUGACGGAAACGUUUCGAUUGCAGGAAGAGCUGCAGAGUUUGCGUGCGAUAAGCCAUGGCAUGCGGAUGCAGAUGCAUUAUAUUAUGAUGGAACGACGCGGAGCGUCAUCGGCAGCAGCGGCGGCGGCGAUGGGUGCUUCGGAUACAGCGUCGUCAAGUAGCACGGAUGGAAAUGCGCCCGCAGCUGGAUCAGUGGGUGGUUUGAACAGAAUGCGCUGGCUAGAUACACCGAACGGUAGACAGGACACGAAGCUGUGAAUUCGCCCUUACAUAUAAACAAUUACACUUUCAUUCUAUACCAACCCUUUUUUCAUAUACAUAAUAUUUUCUUUCUGAAUUGUCAUUCAAGCUGUAAUAUAUAUUAAACCGGAUUUAUUUCGCCCC